AUGGACAGCGUCCCGAUUUCCGGCCUGGAGGAGCUGCAGGCUCAUCUCCAACAGCUGGUCGAUGAUCCUGCAGUCCCUUUCAACCUCAAGGCCAUGGAUGACGUCGAACUUCAGUUGACAGAGGACAAUAUUCCGCCGCUUCUCCCGACGCUGCUGCCGCCUCUCACCCAGAUCCUCAAGACCACAACGCAGGAUCCGACACCACUCCUCUCUCUGACCAUCAAGCUCCUCUCGCCGCUUUCAUUCACCCGCACUCUCACGAUAGCGGAUCCUCCGUCUCUUUUGACGGCCCUGCGUUCCCCACUGCCGGGCGCAAAUCUCCUGGCCCUGGCUAUCAUUCACAAGGCCGCAGGCGCCCCUUCGGAUGCCUCCAUUCUUAGCACACUGCCUGAGGUUGUCGAAGAGCUGGUCCGCUGUUGGCUGGAGAGCCUCGAUACAGGGGUUGGUGAGCGUGCUGCCAGGGUUCUCGGAGAUCUCCUGGAGACAGAUUGCGAAGUUAUCGGCGGCGAGGGUGUCAACGGCGUGGCCAAUGUCGACGGGGUGAACGGCACCGAGGUGGUGAAGCGUCGCCUGCCAGGACACGCGCGGCUAUGGAGUCUGAUCCUACAAACCCGGCCGAACCUUUCGCUCAUCCAGAGUCGUUGCACCCUCGAGGCGGAGGUUGACGAGCCCUCCCGUACUGCCCGCCAAGUUAGCAUCUCCCAAGGCCGGCUGCUUCGGCUCCUUCCACGCCUUGCCGCCCUCAACCUGCGAGUAAUUUCCAGUACACCCUUUGCCGACUUGUUUAUGCUGCCGGGAGUCGUUUCUGAGCAGGUCGGAUCUGGCCUGCUGCAAUGGGCGGCGCUCGGCAUGGUGGACAAGUCGGACUUCCUCAUGCACCUCACUCUCAAUGACUUUUUCGAGACGCUCGUGAGCGUCAUGCGGGUAUCUACCCGCUCCCCGGACAUUGAUAUAGCCAUCAAAGCCCUUGUGAAGACGGCAGUACGAAACGACAUGGAGCUUGGAGCGGCACUCGAGACGCUCCCCGACCGGACUGUGGAAGAGGAGGCCGAGGCGCUGAGGAGGUACAUAUCAGGGCUACUUGAUUGA